UUCUGAUACAUAGACGCUGACGUAGAAGGUAAACAAGCUAAUAGCAUGGUGAAAUAUCUCCAAAAUGUGGUUUAAGUGUAAGCUAAAGUGAAAGACAGUCAAUGUAAACGUAUUGGAUAAUUUUUUAAAGCUUUGCCGAAACUAAGCUGAUAUCAAGGAGUUUUGAAUGAGUUGUCGUACCGGCUCUUUUGAACUGACAACGACAGUGAAUAUUUAGUGUCGAUGGAGCAGAAGCUUGCAGAAUUCAGGGCUCGACGACAGGCUGAAAAUGCUACUAAAAAGGACCAGGAAGCUGAUCCACAGCACAGAGAACCGACAAUAGCGGCUGAGCCUGAAACAACACCAACAGCUGAGAGAGAACAGACAGAAAACAACCGAGCUUCAGCUCACAGCUCUCAAAUCAAGGACCAUACUGACUGGCUGCUGGACAGUGCUCUGGGAAGAUGGCUGGCAUCGAAACAAUUUGUCAUCUCAAACCUUACUUUGCUCAAAUUGCUGCUGUGGCUGGUGCUGCUUGGGCUGUUUGUUGAACUGGAGUUCGGCCUGCCCUUCUUCGUCAUCUCUCUCUUCUACUGGCUCUAUGAAGGACUCCGUAGCCCAGCGGCCCGUGAGCCUGGAGAGCUGAGUGCUUAUUCUGUCUUCAACCCAGACUGUCAGCCUCUGCUGGGCUCUCUCACUGCAGAGCAGCUGGAGGGAGAGAUGGGUUAUAGACCUCUGGCUAACAGAUGAAGAACUUGUGAUAUGCACAUUUAUAUAAGAUAAUCAGGGUUUUUUUUUUUCAGAAAUGUUUAUUUUUAAAAGAAUUUAGAUUGACUUAAAUUGAUCAGUUUAUUACUGUAUGUCUGUAUAACUCAUAAAAUUUAAUUAAGAGUUGUCUACUUACCACUUCACCAUUGUUUCUAUUUCUCUUUUAAAUGAGUUUAAUAAUGUCACAGAAAGUUGGAGACAUAAUGCAUCAUUACCCUGUCAUUUAAGGUGAAAAUGUGAGGAAGGUGUUUAGGAAUGUGAACGAGAAGAAAACAGUUUGUCACGACUCACAUACAGAUGAAACAUAAAGGGCAAGCUGCUGUUAAUUUAUGCUGUUUACUUGACAUUUCAGGCUUUCAAAAUUUAAUAAAACAUUUUGAAGUGUC